GUCAAAUCUUACUGAUUGCAAUAAAUUCAGAAAUAAAAAUCAAAUGGUAUUGUAUUACCAGAUGAGUGAAUCAUGUUCUCGGGAGCCUCUUUUUCAAAUAAUACUGGAACAUAUACUUUUUUAAAACAGGAUUCGUGUACUUUACAAAAUCGAAUUAAGCACUAUAUAAGUAUACACAUAAACCAAUCAAGGGAGCCUCUUUUUCAGAUAAUAUCGGAACACAUACUUUUUUAAAACAGGAUUCGUGUACUUUACAAAAUCGAAUUAAGCACUAAAUAUUAAGUAUACACAUAAACCAAUCAAUAAAUCCCAUAUAUUGUCACGCAGAUCACUGCAUAGGUUCAUCAAUGUUGGCUAGUGUGAUAACUGCUGAUAUAUUCUGCACGCAAGAUAUUGUAAAAUAAAAACCGGAUUAAAUGAGUAGUAAAAAAGGUAGAAAUAUAAGAUUCCUAUAGGCUUCUUAAAGUUUAAGAGGUUGGAGAUAUUAAUAUUAAUAUAUAUGGGAACUCCUUACAUUGACAAAAACAUGCUGAUGCAAUUUGUGUUGAAAUUCGAGUCGGUAACAACAAUAAGGUGAACAUGUUUGUUGAAAUAUUAUUGUUAUGUAGGAUUGCGGAAUCUGCGUUUGGAAAUGAAGCACAAUCCUUGCUAGAAAUAAUGAAUGAUUCGGCUAACGAUACCUCUGACAACAGUCGACUGAAAGAAAGAUUUCUCACACCAUACGUACUAAAUGUCUUCGAGAGAAUGGACAAUUUAGGCAGUAGCGACAACGCACAACCGUCAGGAAAAGUCAGAAUAUUAAUACCAGAAGAAGAUGAAAACCCCAGAGACAAUGGUGAAGAAAAGACGUUAACUUUUAACUUGUCUGAAGUACUCCAUGGCAAUACUACAGCUGCUCAUCUUGUUGUCAGCAAUCAUUUACCGCGAACAACUGUCCAAAUAUUUUACAGAAAUAUAAGAAUUGAAGCAGACUAUACAAGCCUCGGAUUCAUUGCAGAUGUCACAGAGUUCAUUGGUGGAACAAGUGAGACCAUUAAUCUUAAGGUCUUCACAGAAAACUUACCAAACGUUCAAAUUAAUCCAAUACUGGCUGUGUUUGAAAACUUUAGUCCGUCUCAAGUUUCUCACCUUGAAAGGUCAAGGAAAACACUCAAACGAAGGAAAAGAUCAGAAGGACAUCCACUUGACAAUUAUUCUAGUACCCUCAAUUAUACAUCUUAUUCAAACAUAUGUGGAUUGAGACCAUGGAUUGUCAAUUUUAAAGAUUUGGGAUGGAACACAUGGUUGUGGCAACCACAAUCUUAUGAAGCAAACGUAUGUUCUGGAAUAUGUCCUACACCAUUUGAAGACGGUUAUUACAAUGCAAGUCAACAUGCAAUUAUCAAGAACUAUUUCCACUUUAACUCAAAUUUUGAAAUAACUUCCAUUCCUAGGGCUUGUUGUACGCCUAUUGAAUAUGAUGACAUAAGUGUCAUAUAUUUAUCAAAAAAUAGAGUUUUAGUUAUGAAAUUAUUACCAAUGAUGAGGGCCACAAGAUGUGGAUGUCGCUAAAUCAGCAAGCUAUUUAGAACACAUGCAUCAUCUUCAUAUGUUA